CCGUUGUUAAUCAAUUCGCCAAAAUAGCUAAAUCCAUUUUACAAUUUCUCAAAAAGAAAAAAUCCCAUCAUAGUUCAGGAACGGCAAGCGGCAGCGGCAGCGGAUCAGAGGGCAAGUUACAGCAGCAGCACAGCAACGAGGAGGAAGGCGGUGGUGCAGGGGGAGGACAGCAGGAAGCAGCCGCCGCUAGCCACAAAAUAACGCCGCCGACCACAACAACAACAACAGGAGCAACAGGAGCAACAGGAGCAACAGGAGCAACAGGAGCAGCCGAAGCGGACGCAACAGGAACUGGAACAGCUACAACAAAAAGAAAAUCGGAAGCAGCUGCUGCCUCCGGCGAGGAGCAGCCCAGCAACAGCAGCAGCAGCUCAGCACCCCAGGCUCAAGUGUCAGCCAGCGCCACGUUUCGUUUAUCCUCGCUAACGGGCACCAUCUCGAAAAUGGGCAACAACGCGACCACAUCCAACAAGAAGGUGGAUGCCGCCGAGACGGUCAAGGAGUUCCUUGAACAAGCCAAGGAGGAGUUCGAGGAUAAAUGGCGUCGCAAUCCUACCAAUACCGCUGCCCUUGAUGAUUUUGAACGGAUCAAGACGCUGGGCACCGGCUCCUUUGGCCGCGUCAUGAUCGUCCAGCACAAGCCCACAAAAGACUAUUAUGCCAUGAAGAUACUGGACAAGCAGAAGGUGGUCAAGCUGAAGCAGGUGGAGCAUACGCUGAACGAGAAACGCAUCCUGCAGGCGAUACAGUUUCCAUUUUUGGUCUCGCUACGCUACCAUUUCAAGGACAACUCCAAUCUUUAUAUGGUGCUGGAGUAUGUGCCCGGCGGCGAGAUGUUCUCUCAUCUGCGCAAGGUCGGACGCUUCUCGGAGCCGCAUUCGCGCUUCUAUGCGGCACAAAUUGUGCUCGCCUUUGAGUAUCUGCAUUAUCUGGACCUCAUCUAUCGCGAUCUAAAGCCGGAGAAUCUAUUGAUCGAUUCGCAGGGCUAUCUGAAGGUUACCGAUUUUGGCUUUGCCAAGCGGGUCAAGGGUCGCACCUGGACGCUAUGCGGCACACCCGAGUAUUUGGCACCCGAAAUCAUCUUGUCCAAGGGCUAUAAUAAGGCCGUCGAUUGGUGGGCGCUUGGCGUUUUGGUCUACGAAAUGGCCGCCGGUUAUCCGCCCUUCUUUGCGGAUCAGCCGAUACAGAUUUAUGAGAAGAUCGUGUCCGGCAAGGUGCGUUUCCCCUCGCACUUUGGCUCCGAUCUGAAGGAUCUGCUGCGCAAUCUGCUGCAGGUGGAUCUGACCAAGCGCUAUGGCAAUCUGAAAGCGGGCGUCAAUGAUAUUAAGAACCAGAAAUGGUUCGCCUCCACGGACUGGAUUGCGAUCUUCCAAAAGAAAAUCGAGGCGCCGUUCAUACCGCGGUGUAAAGGUCCCGGCGAUACAAGCAAUUUCGAUGACUACGAGGAGGAGGCACUGCGGAUUUCCAGCACCGAAAAGUGCGCCAAGGAGUUUGCUGAAUUCUAGAAGAUGCACAAACAUCUCGCAUUCUCGUCACCUUCUUUGUUACCAUCGUCGUUGUUGUCGUCGUCUCGUCUAUAUGUCUACUACUUACUACUAGUGCUACAACUACAACUAAAACUACAACUAAAGCUACAGCUACAACUGAAACUAUUACAUCUACUUGGGUCUGGCUGGGCAUAUACUUAUCAUGGAAACAACACUCGCCAUCAAAGGAACACCCCAAUUGGACUUUGCAUACCCAGUCGCAACAAAUAACAACACAUGCAUACACGAAAUAUGUCAGCAGCGUGAACCGAAAAUGGAACUUUUACUCUCCCAAAACUGGUGAACGUUAUUUGGAAACCAGAACCAGAACCUCAACUGAAACAACAACUAGAAUGUUCAUAAUUAAAAAAAAAAAAAAUAAUUCAACUAAUGUUAUUACAGCAGCUGAAAUAACUGGGAGUCAGAAAGAGAGUGUAACCUAGAACAAGAAAAACAACAACAUGAAGAACAACAACAAUGUAAUAGGUAACUAAAAUUUAUGGCAUACACAUAAAUAAUCAUUCAUAACAUAUAGCGUAUAGUAUAACCACGAGACUACAGAUAUUUAGUUGUAAAGUACAUAGUUUAGUUUGACAGAAAAAGGAAAAGAAAAACAAAAAUCUAAAGAUUACCAAUUGCGUCUAGAAAAUCAUGCAAAGGCAAAGACGAAACAAGAACUUCGGUAAAUGGGCUAAAGAAUUUGUUUUUAUUAUCAGCUGGCAACACACCAACAACAGCAGCAACAACAACAACACAUUGUG